CGUAGUUUCAGGGUGCGGUCCAGGGGAGUGGUUUUACUAGAGCAGCAGGUCAGGUCAGUUGAGUUGCUGGCUAUUUUGCCGUGGGCUUCGUACGCACGUCUUUAAAAGCGCCAAUAGGCUAUCUCGUGUUGUCUUCAUGGAUUUCGAUCUGGCAAGUGCUAUGGACAAGGACGAGGAGGUUAAGAAGUCUUCUGGACAUAAAGAUGAGGGGCUCUUUGGUUUUGGAAAAAAGGACAAGGACAAGGGCAAAGACAAGCAUAAGAGCGAACACAAAGAUGAGGGUAAAGACAAGCACAAAGAGCACAAGGAUAAGGAUAAAGACAAGCACAAAAAGCACAAGGAGAAGAGUGGUGACAAGCAUAAGCAUAAAAAGAAGGACAAAGACCAUCACAAGAAAGAUGGCCACAGCUCCUCUUCCUCCUCUAGCGAUUCGGAUUAGCAAAAUGUUGACAUUGCAAUCCAGAGAAGAGAACAGCUUGGGGGAGUGGACUUGAAGUACUGUAUUUUCAUAAAUAAACUUUCUUACUAUAUACAAUGCAAUCAGCCCUUAGACAUAUAUGAUCGUAUGGUGUCUUUGGAGAUUUUGACAUGAUUGGAGUUAAGGAAAUGAACAUGUGUGCGUUUGACUGAAAAUAAAUAAAAUACAUCAAUAAAAUUCUUCAGUUUCUUUA